UUUUUUUCUUGCUUUUAAAAUGUAAGCUUAUUUAAGCCAUGGUUCACUAUUGCUGUGCAAUUGGAUGCAAAGAAAAAGCUUCUAAAGAUUGUUCAGUAUCGUUUCACAGUUCUAGUUUAGGUGUAAAUAUCCCUUCAGUAUAAAAUAUGGGGCCGCAGUAGCCUGGUGGUAAGGUCUCGAAACGGAGGGCUUCAGGUUCGAGACCCAAUGCUACCAAAGAACAAUCGUGCAAGCGAGCCAGUUGCACGCCAAAUCCGCCGGGGCCAAAAGCUCUUCUGCUGGUGUGGCGCGCAAGCUUGGAAGACAUAGAGCUGAGAUACUCAUAGAGAGAGAGUGAAACUCUACUUUGGUGUAGAACAAGAUAAAAUCACAUGACUUGUGGACAGAAUUUGUGUUCACUGUAACCGCAUUCUCCGUUCCCCAUUACAUUUCAAUGGCAGAUUUUUUCUCGCUUUUAACUGUUGGAUGUUAAAACUUAUGUAAGCCAUGGUUAACUAUUGCUGUGCAAUUGGAUGCAAAGAAAAAGCGUCUGCGGAUAGUUCUGUAUCAUUUCACAGCUUUCCCAAAGACGAAAAAAGGAGAAAAGUAUGGUUGGCAAGACUGAAACGGGAGAAUUUCACUGUUAGAGACAGCACUAAAAUAUGCUCGAAACAUUUUGCUUCUGCUUGCUUCGAUCGAGAAAAAUUUGGAGGCUCGUGGCUGAAGAAAACUGCAGUACCGACUUUGUUUGAUUUUCAUUUACAACCCAAAACAAACGGAAAGAAGAGAAUUAUUCAAGACGCAAUUGUACCCCUGCCUGACCCUGGACCAUCAGUUGCCAAGUGCAAGAACAGGUGGGCCUCCAUUCGGGACACAUUCCCAGAAACGACAGAACCCAGAAAGAAGCACAAGAGCAGCGAGGUGACGUACACUCAAUCCAUAUACGAAGCCGAUAAUGGGAAGCUUCUAGGAAACCCAGAGGCCGAGAAGCGACCAUCCAACUCGAUAAAAUUAGAAAACUCGACAUGGCCAGCAGAUUUCGCAGACUUCCCAGACCAAAGCAGUUCCGAUCAAGGACCAAGCAUGAAUUUUCCUGAAAUUAAAGUCGAAGUUAAUAAUUUUGGCGGAGAGGAAAGGACGGAUGGCAACAAUUCGAUAAUUGAAAACAGCAACUGUGGUUUCGGGUACAUAGUGCCGAAUUCUUUGUACGAAGUGGUGACAAAAACCGAGCCCAGUCUUUCCAAAAAACGAACUUGUGCUGAAUCUGAUGAAGGUACUGCAAGUGCAAAAUCCAACAAAAAGGGAGAACUAUCUUCGUCAGAAUCGGAAUCGGUUGCAGUCGCCCAACCGGAGUACAAACCAGCAGAGCAUCCCAUUGAAACUUUUUUCAAAAGCAUGGCAGCUACCGUAAUGACAUUUCCUCCGCAUUUAAUGGCCAUUGCUAAGUUGAACGUGUGCAAGCUUAUCACCGAGUUGGAACUCCGUGCGCUUACUGAAAAGAACCCCUUUGUUGUUUCUCAAGAUGGAGUAAAUGAAUUGCUUUCGGAAAAUAUAAUAGAUAUAUGCUCAGAGAACUCGAUUUCAGUUGAAAAUGGGACUAGAAAUGAAGAAGGUUGACCAUGCAUUGUUUUUAUAAGGUUGUUCCUUUUUCGUUUCCAUAAGAAUAAGUUUUAAGCAACGUUCACACGAGACCAACUAUUGCGCGCAAUAGAAAGUCACACCUACAACAGAAACAUCACGUGAACUGAAUCAGCCAAUGGCAGCUAGUUGUUUAAUUUGGACAUCUAAUCGUCAUUACGGUCACGUGAUCCUCAUGAAGUAGGCGUGUCCUUCUAUUGUGCGAAAUAGUUGGCCUCAUGUAAACGCUGUUUAAGAUUUGCAAUGCGAGAGUACGAAUUUAGGCUUGAUAUGACCAGUGUUCGAAUCAGGUGGCGUUCAAAUAAAGUUGGAUUGACCAUGAUGAAACGGUACUAUAAAUCGAGAGUAACAUUGUUUUACAAAUCUAGAAUACUGCUAAAUACUGUCGUACAAACCAAAGAACGCUUGUAAAUACUGAUGUACAAAACAAGAAUGUUGGAAUGUUCUGAAAAUAGAGUAGAAUUAAGUCAUGCUGGGUCCUUUAAUAAUCACUUCUCAGUUUUUAAAAGAAUAUGCUUUUUUUUAGUUAUAAUUUAAUCUUUGUACGGUCAUUUUUUAUAACAAAUUUUUUGACAAUUAGAAAUAUUAAACCAUUUAAUAUGUCUAACUUCAUCAUUAACCAUUUAAUAUUUUAUUUAAACUUUCAGAAGAAUUAAUUUCAAUAUUUGGCGUUUCAAAAAUACUUUUAAUUCAAAUUUGAAAAUAAUUUUAAAACGAAAUGGUUAAAAAAAACCUCUCAUAAUACAUAGUUUGAUUUAGCUUUUGAUUUCAUGUCAAUCAACCAACUGCAGGAAAAGAAAAAGAUCAUAUUGAUUUGUAAUUGUAUUUAAAAACUUGAAAAAAAAAUCCUAAGAAUAAUUUCUUUUAAUUAAUGAUACUCGAUUUAAAUUUGAGUAACUUCGAAUAGGUUGUAAAUCAAAGAGAAAUAAAAUAAGAUUACUUUGAAAAUAUCACAAAAAUAAUCCCAGUGUACUAAAAUACAAAUUUGAGGGGGAAAAAAUAUAUCGAUCUCUACCUCACACACUUGUCUUCUUUUUUGAACUGCUGUUUCAUUUGUAGCU